CUUCCUUGACAGUUUGAAGUUCAGCGUGCUUGCUCUAAGAGUUUCUAAAAAAAACUGAGUUAAAGUAAACGGCCGACUAAACAAGAAUGACUGCAGAGAAGCAAAGUCCGUUCCUGUCCGGUGGACCGACCCGCCGGGACCGUCUCCCCGUGUUGGUCGGGCCGCUGGUCGGCGUCCUGGCCGCCCUGGUGUGCGUGAUCAGCGUGCUGACAGGGGUGGUGGUGGUGCACAACAUGCAGCAGGAGCUGACAGGUGUGAAGCAGGAGCUGACAGGUGUGAAGCAGGAGCUGACAGGUGUGAAGCGGGAGUUAUCAGUCCUGCAGACCGAGAACACCGGACUGAGGGAGCGGCUGGUGGCAGUGGAGAACCUGCUGGAUGCCGGUACUCUUGCUGGGCACUACCGGCCGCGGACUGUUGACGAAUCGGAGGAAGGUGGGGGUUUGGGUGCGGAGGUCGUCAGUACGAGUCAGGAUGACGCGGUGCGAGUUAAGAGACAAGCUAUCGGCUCUUCUGGGCUGUUCGACCGCUGUGCUCAAGGUCCCCCUGGGCGAGACGGUCGGGAUGGACCAGCCGGACAGCCCGGGACGGACGGACAGCCCGGGCGGGACGGACGGGAUGGCGUUCAAGGUGUGGCAGGACCUGUGGGCUUGCAGGGUCCACCCGGGGACAAGGGAGACACAGGACCACCGGGAAGAGACGGGGCGACAGGCGCAGGAGGAAGUGUGUACAUCCGAUGGGGGAGGAAGACUUGCGCUGAUAACGGCGGAGCAGAGUUGGUGUACUCGGGUGUGGCUGGAGGUGAAUGGUACGGCCACACAGGCGGCGGGACCAACUACCAGUGUCUGCCGACCGACCCACAGUGGGGACGGUACCAAGAUGGACUCCAAGGGAACAAGGCUUACAUGUACAGCGCUGAGUACGAGUUGAACACAAACUACCCGUUCGGCUCCUUCUCCCUUCUCAAUAACAACGUCCCGUGUGCGGUCUGCUACGUCCCAACCCGCGGCAGUAAGUUAAUGAUCCCCGCCCGUAACACCUGUUUUAGCGGCUGGACCCGCGAGUACCAUGGUUACCUCAUGACUGAAUACCACAUCCACCAAAGUGCUAAAGAGUUCGUCUGUGUGGAUGAACAGCCUGAGGCUGAGGCUGUACCGGGCGGGCGGGAAAACCAGGACGGAGCGCUGUUCUACCCCGUGGAAGCCCGCUGUGGGUCGCUGCCGUGUUCCCUCCCUGGCCAGUACGUUGAAGGGAGGGAACUCACCUGUGUCGUCUGCACAAAGUAGACCAUUAUUAUUGUACGUAACGUGUUGGGUAUUUUUGUACAAUAAAGGUCUUUAUUUCAUUAA